AAGCAUAUGGCAAAAACAGCCCUCUUCCUUUCUUUUAUUAUUGUGCCCACUACUCUUUAAAAAUUCCGCCGAAAAAGAGAAGACGAUUUUCCAAAACCUUCUGGCCGUUAUCUCACGGCUCCCCUGUCUCUGCACAGGUGUAUGAGCGCUACCCAGAGGGCCUAGGGGCCGCCCUUUACCGGGAGCACUUUGACUUCAACGCUGAGCCGCCUUGGGAUCCUAGCUGAUAACGGGACAAGUCCAUCUCCUGACUUGUCCAUUUUGUUGCAUACCGGCAGGACCCCAUUGGCUCAGUCGUGACCCCUGACCUGAUAAUCAUUUCUCUACGAUCAUCGGAUUUGUGAAAUACUGUUAGGAUGAAAGGAAUUGUUGAUACUCCCAGCUACAUCGUUGAACUCCUGGAGGGAGGAGUUACUCUGGAAGAUGUCAUUGACGGACACAUCUACGAACAGGCUCUGGUGGAGAAGAGUGCGUUUGUGGUGGGCGACCUGGGGGCCCUGAUGCGCCAGCAUGUGUGCUGGCAGAGCGUGUUGCCCCGGGUGCAGCCCUACUUCCCCGUCAGGUGCAACAGCAGCCCCGCGGUCAUCGAGGUCCUGGCCUCUUUGGGCCUCGGCUUUGUUUGUGCCAACAAGGCCGAGGUGAGCCUGGUCCUGGAGCAUGGCGUGCCACCAGAAAGCAUCAUCUUCUCCAGUGUGUUCAAGCAGCUGGCGCACAUCAAGCACGCGGCCAAGAACAACGUCCAGCACUUUGUGUGCGAAAAUGAGGCCGAGCUGUCCAAGAUUGCCCGUCUGCACCCUACUGCCAAGUUGCUGCUGCAGUUGACUACUGAGGCCCAGGCAGCUGAGACCAGCAUGGCCUUUGGCUUUUCUCUGAAGAGCUGCCGGCACCUCCUGGAGAAGGCCAAGGAGUUGGGUGUGCAGGUGGUCGGAGCCACCUUCCACAUCCCGAGCUCCUGCCAGGAUCAGCAGCAGGCCUACAGACACGCGCUGUCCGACGCUCGCUGUGUGUUCGACAUGGGGGUGGAUUUGGGUUUCAACAUGCAGAUCCUGGACAUCGGCGGUGGGUUCACUGGUUCAGAGUUUCAGCUCAAACAGGUGGAGGCUGCUGUCAGGCCACUGCUGGACGCUUACUUCCCAGAGUUGUCGGGUGUUCAAGUGUUGGCCCAGCCGGGCAGCUUCUACGUGGCAUCAGCUUUCACCCUGGCUGUGAAUGUUAUUGGCAAGAAGGUUGUGAGCCACUGCUGGGACUCCCAAACUCAUGAUGAGAAGAAUGGAGAUACCGAGUUCCUCUACUACAUGAAUGAGGGAGUCUAUGGUCCAUUCAGCCGCAAGCUGCUGGGACACGGCAUCUCUGUCCCGUCAGUGCACAAGCCCUCUCUCUGCCCGGAGGAGCCCGUGUUUCCCAGCAGCCUGCGGGGCCCCUCACUGGACCCCCUGGACCUGGUCCUGGAGCGCUGCUUGCUGCCUGAGCUCGGCGUGGGAGACUGGCUCCUCUUUUCCAACAUGGGGGCCUGCGGCCUCGUGGAGUUCAGCUGUCUCUCCGCCUCCAGCCAGCUGCCCGUCUACUACACCGUCUCCCCCUCCGACUGGUACGAGAUGCAGGAGGCCGGUGUGGCGCUGGACAGUGCCGUGAAGACCUUCUCCCUCCUCCAGUGAAGUGGCGAGCUGCCCUUAGCCCCGCCCCCUUUUGUACGGCGCACAUCUCCCUGACCUCUGCUUUCACCGUGUGAGAAGAGAGGCCAGCGUUGGAUUCGGGACGAGAGGCCGAGCGUGGUCGACAUUCCAGCCCACCCUGGAAAAUGCAGUAUCCUGUUGUCGUUUGUUAUUUUCCUUCCAGAGUUAGACAUUUUUUAUUUUGACCUCCAGAAGUGGGGAACAGAUGGUCGUUUGAUACCUCAGAUGUCUCAAAUUGAUCCGACAGAUAAUCAUGGUUUUCCUCCGUUUUCCUUGGAGGACUUUAGCCCAAGCUCAAACGAUGUUAUGCAACAAAAUGGACGACUCUUCGGAGAUGGGACACUCCCAAAAUGUUUGGGAGGGUUUGUUUCUUAAAUUUAGUUUACAAAAUGUAUAAUUGAUUUAAUCAGUUGAAUCAAAUGGUUUCUAUCAACUACCUGUCACGUGCUCACCAGUGAAAAUGAUCUAUAGAUUUCUUUUUUCUGCAGUAGUUUUCUAAAUGAAAUGCUUGUGUGGAUUCUGUCCUUCAGACCACUCACUUUACAUUCUUUAAUGAUGAUGGUUUAGCCUUUUGCUUUUUUUAGCAAUCCACCUCAAUGCAUUUGUAUUUAUUGGAUUCAGAUAUGAUGGCAUAUUUAAAUGCUUCCAUCUUUAAGUGUGUUUUGUCCAGGGUAUUAUGCUGUGGCCCAACUAUCAGUGUUUUUGUUUGUUUUUUUCUCCUUUCCAUCUUUUUCUUGUUUUGUUUUUUUGUUUUUUUUCCCCUAAAUUUUUAAUGUUUUUUAACGCUACAGGAUUUUGUGUGUUGUGGUUGCAACUUGUGACCUCAGUGGUAAAUGUUCUGUGCUCGAAUGCACAGGAGCUUAUUUUUAAUGCUCUCAUUGCAUAUGACUGAGAACGAGGUCAGUGUUGCAAAAAAAAUAGACACAAAAUCUAUGGAAGCUUUAAAAAAAAAAUACUGUGACACCUAACAUGGUAGCCCUAAUUUUUUUCUGAUCCUCUACUGGUCAGUCAUGGGAUUGGUCUUUGUUCUGUUUGGAUACUAAAAGCCAGCUCUGGAGCUCAAAAACUAAAGUUCCCCGUGUGGAAGAUAUCAAAGUGCUCCUUUUGAAGUGAACCACAGUCGUAGUGGUGCAGAUGACCCCCGGCAGGCUCCACCAUGACACAGCGCCUCUUUAAUGGCCCCAUUUUGAUAGAUUGUGAGGUGACUUAAGGCAGUUUUUGAAGAAUCCCGCCCUUGUGUUUUACAAGUGACUAAUGUAUUAAUUACUUGUCUAAGGCACUAAUGGACCAUAGCCUGUUUCUGACUGUAAAUUGUGCUUGUUAAAGUAAUGAAAGUGAUUAAUUUAAUACAUGACUGAAAUAUUCACCUUUUGGUUUGUGUGUGUGGUCUCUUGGGUCUUUUUCAUUUCAUUAACAACAUCCUUUUGUUCAGAGUCAUGUUCAGUCUCCUGGAAAUUAUCUAUAAUCCAGACUUUAGGCCCUAAAGUCUGAAAUACAGACAGAUUUCACCUCUGGCUCUAAUCAGGACAUUUGGCUUAAUUUUUAAAUGCUGCAAUGUGAGAUCUGAAUUUCCCCAAAUGGCAAACCUUCUUAUAAGAUUACAGAAAACGAGUCCAAAAGCGUUGCUGAAUAGCAUAAUCCAAAUUCACAAUUUGUUACAGAAAACAACUAGAAUCUGCGUGGGCCUGUUGGGUAAAAUGCACUCACUGCCUGGCCCAAAGAAAAUCCCCAACAAGUCUCCUAUUGGAUGAUUACUGCAUGGGUCAUUUAACCCCAACUGAUGCAAAAAAAUUCCUGUGGUCAUGGAAAAGAUGUUAGUCUGUCAAAGAAGGCCCAAAGCUUUGAAAUGCAUCCAGCAGAGAAAACAUCUGAGCAGAUUUAACAGAAACUAUAAAAACUGGGGAAAGAACUUUCCAAUGGAAAAAAAAGUAGAAUUAAUUUGGUGAAAUCGAAGAAGGAAAAGUACCGUUCAGUGAGGCUAACGGAAGAAAAAAAGGCUUCAAUUAGCUCAGGAGCACAAUGGAAGCAGGUCAUGUGACCACGUGGUCCACUGGGAAAGAGGCCGAGUGGACCAUGAUGUAAUUCCCCAUCACGCCUGUGGGGGCAGUGUCCCGAUCAGGGGCUGGUCCGGUCCAGGAUCACCAACAAUUAUUCCAUCAAUGGCUCAUUUCUGCCCAGAGUGGCUCAGGAAUAACCAGGAUUCAUCAGGUGGUCAGACUCCCGUCAUCAGUU